GACACUUGUGAUGGACUUAGCCUGAAGUAACCAUGCAUUCGAUUCACAUACAAGGAAACUGAUCAGGACGAAUACAAAACGAGAUACCUGGCAGAGAUCAAACAAAGUCAGUUGUAGUGAUAACAAUCUAGUUACCAGUCGGGUCGUCAUGGAAAGAAUGACCACUAAAAGAUGUGACCACUGCAAAAGACAUUUUGAAACCAGUAAUGAAGGGGUUCAUCAGUAUGAAUUUCAUACUUGACUUCACAGAACAAAAUGUUUUAUGAAAAGUGAAAUUUCUUUACCAUUUCUUUGACUGGUUUCCUGCUAGGGUUUUUUGCACAAUGCCCUUUAGAGACCAACGCUGUCAGUUGUAACAUGUUAUUAUAGAAGACUGUGUUAAGAUUGUAGCUUCUCUCUAGAUGAAUUUCGGGAGGAUUCACUCGGUUAAAUAAAGAUUUGUUUGACAUUCUUCCUACUGUAGGGGAACUGGAAUUGAAGGCCUUUCUGAACACAUUAUUUUAAAAAUGUGAGUUGACACUUAUUAGAAAUACAUUUACAAGUCGUUAGACCAGAUGGAUUACCUGAUAGAUUUCACAACAGAUUGAGUGUAUGAAGCCAUAUGGAAGCCAGCCUCAGGAAGAUCUGUUUCCAAGUAACAAAGAUCAGAAUAAACUAUGACAUAGUAAGAGAUGUUUUAUUUAUUUCAUCCUGAUUUAAUAUUGUAGCAGGAAAAAAUGAAUGAAAAAGAUUUUAAGUGCACUUUGAAGAUAUUUACACAUUUAAUCAUCAAGUAAAGUUCAUGAUGUUGCUGAAAUAACAGGUGUCUCAAAUAUAAUAAACUUUCACAGUUGUUAAAUACAAAGUUUGCCCUGGAUAUGUCACUCUAUCACAAAUACUGCUACUCUUACGUGAUUUUUAAAUGUAUUAUCAGCAUUUAUACCACAAAAUAUCUCAGAUGUCCUUCCCUCUGAUGUGUGUUGCCUGGGGGGCUGUGGUCUUUCUGCUGAGGACCUCCGGGGCAUGUGUGAGCUCGGCGGACUGAGGGGGCUCGAAGGUCACCCAGCAGGGGCUGGGAGCAUGCACUCUGCAGAGAGGAGGCUGAGUGCCCACCGCAGGGAGAGAGCCCAGUGACCACUGUCUGGAGUAGGUACAGUGCUUUGAAGCGGCACUACCGCCAUCAUGAACGUGGGCACGGCGCACAGCGAGGUGAACCCCAACACCCGAGUGAUGAACAGCAGGGGAAUGUGGCUGUCUUACAUCCUGGGCAUCGGCCUCCUACACGUCAUCCUGCUCAGCAUUCCCUUCGCCAGUGUACCCGUGGUCUGGACCCUCACCAACCUCAUCCACAAUCUGUGCAUGUACCUCCUACUUCACACCGUCAAAGGAACGCCCUUUGAGACUCCGGAUCAGGGCAAAGCUCGCUUGCUGACACACUGGGAGCAGAUGGACUACGGUGUGCAGUUUACUGCUUCGCGCAAGUUCCUAACCAUUACACCCAUUGUCCUGUAUAUUCUAACCAGCUUUUACACCAAAUACGAUCGGGCCCAUUUUGUGGUCAACACUGUUUCCUUGCUCACUGUACUCAUCCCCAAGCUGCCCCAGCUGCACGGCGUGAGGAUCUUUGGGAUUAAUAAGUACUGACAAGGUGGAAGAGGACACCUCCUUCUCUUAGUCCCCAUGGACUGCUGAAAGCACACAGAGUAUCAGGCCUCUGAUUUGGCUGCAGAGCCACGAGGAUCCGAUCUUUGGCUCCUAACUCUGCUGAGCAACACUCUAAAUGAAGCCUUCUGGGGAUACUGCCAUGGUACCAAACCCCAGGCAAGAGACACAAUACACUAUACAAAGGGAAAGUGUACUGUUGUGAUUAUUCGUGGGCCUAUCUCCUGAGCGUUUGUAAGCAUUUGUAAACAGGAGUGUCGUAAUCAGUUCAGUUUCUGUAGAAAUGAGAAUUUUCUGGAGUGAAAGGUGUCAGGGGGGAGAGAACGAUGUAAUUGCACAAAUAUCGUGUGUCAUUUUACACCCAUUGGCACACUUAGGUGGUAAUCAAAGUUAUUUUGUAUGUAAUGAUAUACUGCUGUAUUUAUUCAGCUUCACUCCCAUGUGAAGCUUCCUCUUUCUUGAGGGUUUUGGGUUUAGAGGAGCGUAACAAUACUUUAAUGAAAUGGUAAGGGACCUGUGGACCGCUGCAGAGGCAAGACACGAGAAACCACAAGGUUUUAUAUUUAGCCCUGGCUGCUUCGCUCAGGGCCAAGAUUGGGAAGUUAAGCUACUCUUAUUUUUAUCUGACCAUUUCCAUAUUUGGACGCCUCUUGUUCUGGUUUGUGUCACAGCAAACCCUCUGUCUGCAAAACUGUCUGGCCUGUGUGCAGAAAGUAUGCACAAGAGCGCACUAGUCCUGCAAUAUGAUUCAAGAGAUAAAUAUUUCUGUCCUCACCUUUUAGUCAUAGUUACAAAACAUAUGUGGACACAUGCUUGCAGCUACUCGGUUAAAGUGCUCAGGCCCCAUUAUACAGGCUAAAAGUCAGAAGUGAAAUAAAUACAGUAAAAUACGAAUAGAAGUUAAAUUGAAUAAUAAUGUCACCCUAAGGGCAGGCAGGGAACUUACCUUAAAGGUGAAAUGAAUAAAUUCGUGCAAAUUGGGCUGAACCGAGCAACGACGAGAUGUAGCAUCGGAGCUUGUUAUGUCUGCAUCUCAGUUUGGAAACUAGAGGCAAAUUAUACACUGAGUUACCAGUUUAUCAGGUACGCCUCCGCAAUCUAACGACUGCAAUCCAAUACAGGAGCUCUGCAGUAAACCCUGAAAUACUCAAAAGUGUUCAUCCAUAUUUACACAUAUGAAGGGGGUAGAAUAUUAGAAACACCUCUCAUAUUAUCACCUUUAUAAAGUUGUGUUUGUGGCCACUUUUUAUUCUUAAUUUUGGUCUCCACCAGCUCCCGAGGAGAAAUACGUGGCUCUCUAGCUGCUACAUGUUCGACUCUCUUCACCAGCUUGUAGCUAGCUUUGUCUGUUCACUGUUUAGUGCUGGACAGGUAGAGUACAACGAGUCUGUCUCUCUGAAAACAGCUACCUGCUGGAAACAAGACUGAUCCGAGUGGAAUUUGUGAACCUGAAAACACAAAACAGUGAGCUGAGGGGAAAUAUUGAUUAGCUUUAAGAUUCAUUGAAGUAAACAACUGAAAGGGACAUCUGUUGACUUAAGUUUUAGCCACAGGUGAUCCACAUCCAAAUCUUUCAAGAGCAUCAGCUGCUCCCUCUUCAGCCUGUCAAACUUUUUUUUUUUUUUUAAGAUCCAAGGAAAUUGUUCUGUCUUUACAUGUUAAAGGGAUUCUGAAUUAUGUUACAAAGCUGCUUUGCAUUAGAGUAAGAAUGUUUAAAAGGUAAAACGUCACUGUUCAUUUAAGACUGUUAGUGCAUAUUUAUGUUUUAAAGUUUUACAUAUUGUUAGUUUAAUGCAUGUGUGUGCGUGGGGUCUCUUGUUUCAUCGCGCUCGGCGGUGGAAACCUGGAAGUGUCCGUGAACCGUUUCACCUUGGCAGUUCUCAUCUUGAAUGAGUUCGUUAAUGACUUAAUCAGUGAGACUAAAUUGUAGAGCGGGAAAUCCGUUUAACAGUGAUUUAUUUCAAUUUGAUCCUUCGAGUUGGACGUUUGAUCAGAAGAGUGUUUUAAUUGGACUUUGGAAACGAGCAGUUCAGUUCAUUAACAAUCUGCCAACCAGUCAGACUGUGCUUAUUCUCCUUCAAGAUGAAAAAUACUUAAUAAUUCUCAAAUAAAAGACAAAAAGUUAUGAUUCCACAACACAGUUUAGUCAAACUAGACAUCUGAAUUUAAAAGAAUGAAACAAUUCUCCAUAUUUUUUUUUUGUUUUUUAGAAAUAUGUUUACUGAUGUUAACCUGAACAGUGUUGGCUGCACAUUUCACUGGCAGCAGUAGUGAUAGUUGUAGCUGUGACAGUGGCAGCAGUAGCCUUAGUAGCAUUAAUAUUAAUAGUACUGACAGUGGCAGCAGCAGUAAUAGUAGUAGUGACGGUAGCAGCUUUCCAAUCCUGGUGGACCGCAGACUAGUUCUGAUUAAAUUAAAUCAAUUAUGAUUCAUGCUGUUCCAUAUUAAUCAUAGCUGAACCCCCCAAAAAAACAAUUCAAUUAACCGUUUCUUUUAGAUUGAGGUAUUGAAUUGGCAUCAUUUAUAAUUGAUGCAUCAAUACAACCAAUGAUAAGCAUGGACCAAAGGAGAAAAAACAAAAACAGUAAUGGAUUUGUAAAUAACUGCUGCAGAUUUCCUUUCACUGAAAUAUUGUCUUCAUUAUCACCAUAAAGGGCUUUAUUCAAGGACGAGCUAUAAGAUUUCAUAGCACAAACUGACCAUGGUUUUUACAUGUGUUGUUUUUUUUUCCCAGCUAUUAAGGACAGCUGGACGGAAAGGUUGAACUGAAUGUUGGUAAAAUGUGAAACAGUGUGCUCACAGCGUCUGUUUGAUGAUCAGUGUACCUGCUUUUUUUUGAAGGAAAUAUCAAUGUGAUCUUCUGUAAGAGUGCUUGACCCAAAAUACAGUAUUUUUCAAGUAUCA